AUGAUCACCGGGACGGCGCUGGCGAUCAUCUGUCCCCCACAGGCCGUUGCUCUCCUCGCCACCAAUCCACUCGUGGUCGGGCAGGCCAGCGCUCACCCCGAGCGCGAUCCCCCGCGCAACGCUCUCCGCAGCGAUCUCCGGCGACGUGGGGGAGGGGGUCGCCUGGGCGUCGCUGGGAAUCGGGCGUGGGCGAGUGGGGAGCCGACUCACGUACACAUUGCCAUGACCAACGGUCCUCCCUUCGCCGCGGAUCCUGGCCAGGUGGCUCCUCAGCGCGCGCCGACUCUGCGCGAAUAUCUGCCCGUGCGGGAGGGGAGAGCUCAGUUUCGUACCCCACGUCAGGUGCCGGGCUUCUCCGCGCAGUGCUUCUCGGUUUGCCGGACUCCUGGCUGUCUGACGGCGUUUCCGCGCGAAGCUCCGACUGCACCUCCCCCCACUUACUCGGGGAGAGACCCCAUGCUGACCAUGUGCCUGAUCCUGAAUCUGGCGGAGGCGUGCGAGGUGGUGGCGAACUUGCAACUGGCGGUGUGUGGGGCCACGCGGAACCUUCCGAGCAGUUACGGUCCAGGGUCCCGAGGAUCCUGCGUGUCUUUGGCAGAAUCGCUCGAGUUGCUGCUGGCACCCGUGUUGGAAGCGCCCGUCGGGGUAGCGCCCUUAGUGCGUACCUUCCCCCGCCACGUGGGGGAUCUUGUUGGGGCUGCUCAAGUCGGCACCCCAGUGGACACGCUUCAGGCGUCGGCGCAUCUCCUACUGGCGAUGUCGGCGUGCAUGCGCUCCAUGCUUGAGGUGGAGGGGGUGGAGCCGUACAUGAUGUAG